AAGAAGAUGCUUCCUACGCAGCGCAGCUUGCCUGUGUACUACAUGUCCCGGCGUCCUGUGCGGCGGCAGUAGCAGCAGCUCGAGCUCGCAGCGUUGGUCUCUUGGUUACCAGAACAAUGAGCGGCCGGCAGCAGCAGCUUACGAGCCCGUGUGCGAGCUAGCCGUGUGAACGGCGCAUGCGCCGGAGGUGCCCGGGUAGUAAGGGGCACACUAAUGUCACACUGACUGACAUAUGUAGGGUUAGGGGGGCUGCAGGCACACACCUCAGCCGCUGACAUUCCCCUACCCGCACACAGGUGCACACUGACACACACACAGCGCUGAGCCUCGUCACCUCACACACAGCUGUGUGUAUGCGCACACAUACCGCAGCAGCAGCGCAGGACACAGGCAUGCCAGACGUGUGAGGGGCAGCUGACACCGGCAUACCAGGGCGCCCAUAGACGUGCCAGGACUGGAGCACGGCGCUUGGCACUAGUAGGAGCCGCACGGGGGCUCGGCGCUGAGGAGGAGGAAGGAACACAGCGCAUUGUCUGACACACGCACACAGGCUGCUGUAGCCCGGCUCCCUUCCUGCCACUGACAGCAGCCGGAGAGGGGGCUCGUACACAAAGGCAGGAUAGAGACGGUGGGGGGGAGGAAGCGGCCGCCUGGGCAGCAGCAGCAGAGGAGCAGCUCUCACACCGCAGGAGGAGGAGGGAUGUGCGACUGCUCCUGAUCCAGAGACACGCAGAACGCUGCAAACAUGUGGAUACCCACGGAGCACGAGAAAUACGGCGUGGUGGUUGCCAGCUUUCGAGGGACAAAUCCACAUGGCUUAACGUUGGAGAUUGGGGAUACUGUUCAAAUUCUAGAAAAAAGUGAAGGCUGGUACAGAGGAUUUGCCCUGAAGAAUCCAAAUGUCAAGGGCAUUUUUCCUUCAAGUUAUGUCCACCUGAAGAAUGCUUCUGUAAAAAAUAAAGGACAAUUUGAGAUGGUGCUUCCUACAGAAGACGCAGUUAUUACAGAGAUGACUUCUACACUCCGGGACUGGGGCACCAUGUGGAAACAGCUCUAUGUGAAAAAUGAAGGUGAUCUCUUUCAUCGUCUGGGUCACAUAAUGAAUGAGAUCCUUGAUCUGCGCAGACAAGUGCUAGUGGGGCAUCUGACUCAUGAUCGUAUGAAGGAUGUUAAGCGGCACAUCACAGCUCGCCUGGACUGGGGAAAUGAGCAGCUUGGACUAGAUUUGGUUCCAAGGAAAGAGUUUGCUAUGGUUGAUCCAGAAGACAUUAGCGUUACUGAAUUAUAUAAAUUGAUGGAACACAGACAUCGGAAAAAAGACACUCCAGUUCCAGCUAGCAGUCACCACCUGUUUGUGCAAAUGAAGAGUUUAAUGUGCUCAAACCUGGGAGAGGAGCUAGAGGUGAUAUUCUCACUUUAUGAUGGCAAAGAAAAUCGACCAAUAAGUGAAAGGUUCUUUGUAAGACUGAACAGAAACGGUUUGCCAAAAUCUCCAGAGAAGACUGAAAGAUACAGUUCUCUCUUUGUUGACUUGAGCUCAAGUGACCUUCGUAAAGAUAUUUUCAUCACUGUACACAUAAUCAGAAUAGGUCGAAUGGGAGCUGGUGAGAAAAAGAAUUCUUCAAAUGUGCAAUAUCGACGACCUUUUGGCUGUGCAGCUCUCAGCAUUGCUGAUCUUCUAACAGGGGAGUCAAAGGAUGACCUCAUAUUAAAAGUAUAUAUGUGCAACACUGAAAGUGAUUGGUAUCAAAUUCAUGAAAAUAUCAUCAAGAAAAUGAAUGCUCGAUACAACCUGACAGGUUCCAAUACAGGCUUGGCAGUUUCCCUUCAGCUGCUGCACGGAGACAUCGAGCAAAUUAGACGAGAUUACUCUUCUGUGUUUACCCGUGGGGUCUCCGUCACAAGAAAGCUUGGCUUCUCAGAUGUCAUUAUGCCUGGUGAAAUGAGGAACGAUUUGUACAUCACUAUAGAAAAGGGAGAAUUUGAAAAGGGUGGUAAAAGUGUUGCAAGAAAUGUACAAGUUACAAUGGUCAUUGUGAACAGUGAGAGUCAACUUCUAAAGGAUUAUAUAUCUUUUGGUUCAGGAGAACCAACCGCUCAUGAGUAUCAUUCAUUUGUGUUAUAUCACAACAACAGUCCCAGGUGGGCCGAAUUACUAAAGCUUCCUAUACCCGUGGAUAAAUUUAGAGGAGCACAUAUCCGAUUUGAAUUCCGCCACUGUUCCACAAAGGAGAAGGGUGAGAAGAAAUUGUUUGGCUUUUCCUUCAUACCCCUCAUGCAAGAAGAUGGCCGUACAUUUCCUGAUGGCACCCAUGAACUCGUCGUGCAUAAGUGUGAAGAGAACACCGUUUUCCAAGACUCCUGCCGAUACCUCAAACUUCCAUUUUUGAAAGGAAAUCAACAUGGAAAUAAUAAUCAAGCUGUUAAAAAUACAAAAGAGUCGUUUUGGAUAACCUCAUUUCUUUGUUCAACAAAACUAACACAAAAUGGGGAUAUGUUGGAUCUACUAAAAUGGCGAAUGCACCCAGAUAAAAUUUCAGGAAGCUUGUCCAAGUUGAAGGAGAUCGAUGGUUCUGAGAUUGUAAAGUUUCUUCAGGACACUCUGGACACAUUAUUUGGCAUUUUGAAUGAAAGUUCUCAGAAAUACAGCUCAAAGGUGUUUGAUUGCUUGAUCCACAUAAUAAAUUUAUUACAAGACAGCAAAUUUCAGCACUUUAAACCAGUAAUGGACACUUACAUUGAAGGACAUUUUUCGGGUGCUCUUGCUUAUAGAGACCUCAUAAAAGUGCUGAAAUGGUAUGUGGACCGAAUAAUUGAAGCAGAGCGACAAGAGCAUAUCCAGGAGGUAUUAAAGGCCCAGGAAUAUAUUUUUAAGUACAUUGUUCAGUCCCGAAAGCUUUUUUCCUUUGCUACUGGAGGACAGAAUGAGGAAGAAUUCCGCUGCUCUGUUCAAGAACUCAUGAUGUCAGUCCGAUUCUUCCUAUGUAAAGACAGCAAAGGAACAAGUGCAUUAUCUCAGUCACAGGCUGUAUUUCUGAGUUCUUUCCCAGCUGUAUACUCAGAGCUGCUGAAGUUGUUUGAUGUUCGGGAAGUGGCAAACUUGGUGCAUGACACUCUGGGCUGUCUGCCAACAAUCAUGCAUGCGGAAGACUCCUUACAAGAUAUAAAACUUCAGUGUAUUGCAAAGACCGUGGAAAGUGAGCUCUACAGCAAUCCUGAGUCCCGGUUUAUACUCCUCCCUGUUGUCCUCCACCACCUCCACAUGCAUUUGCAGGACCAGAGAGAUCUUCUAAUGUGCGCUCGUAUCCUUAGCAACAUGUUUUGUCUAAGCAAGAAAAGCAGUUCAGAGAAACUGGCCUUGAAGGAAAUUGAUGUAAUUGUGAACAGCCUCCUGGAUAUUUUGCUAAGAACUAUUUUAGAGAUUACAAGUAGACCACAGCCAUCAGGCUCUGCAAUGAGGCUCCAAUUUCAAGAUGUAACGGGUGAGUUUGUGGCCUCACUACUAUCUCUACUGCGACAAAUGACGGACAGACAUUACCAACAACUUCUAGAGAGCUUCAACACAAAGGAUGAACUUCGGGAUUUUUUGUUGCAGAUCUUUACUGUGUUUCGAAUACUUAUAAGACCAGAAAUGUUCCCUAAAGAUUGGACUGUGAUGCGGUUUGUUGCCAACAAUGUCAUCAUUACAACAAUCUUAUAUCUUUCGGAUGCACUUCGUAAGAAUUUCUUAAAUGAAGGUUUUGAUUAUAAGAUAUGGGAUUCCUACUUCUACCUUGCAGUCAUCUUUAUAAAUCAGUCAUGCCUGCAGCUGGAGAUGUUCACCCCUUCCAAGAUGAAAAAGGUGCUGGAGAAAUACGGUGACAUGCGUGUGACCAUGGGCUGUGAAAUCUUCAGCAUGUGGCAAAAUUUAGGUGAACACAAAUUGCAUUUUAUCCCAGCCUUAAUUGGUCCCUUUUUGGAGGUGACAUUGAUACCUCAGGCAGACUUACGGAAUGUAAUGAUCCCUAUUUUCCAUGACAUGAUGGACUGGGAGCAGAGGCGAAGCGGCAACUUUAAGCAGGUUGAAGCAAAGCUAAUUGACAAAUUGGAUAGCCUAAUGUCUGAAGGAAGAGGUGAUGAAACAUAUCGGGAGCUCUUCAACAGUAUAAUUCCUCUGUUUGGUCCCUAUCCUAGCUUAUUAAAAAAAAUUGAGCGAGAAACAUGGAGAGAAAGCGGAGUGUCGUUAAUUGCCACUGUAACAAGACUGAUGGAGAGGUUGCUGGACUACAGAGACUGCAUGAAGAUGGGUGAAGUGGAUGGAAAAAAGAUUGGGUGCACCGUUAGUCUACUGAAUUUUUAUAAAACAGAAUUGAACAAAGAAGAAAUGUAUAUAAGAUAUAUUCACAAACUCUAUGAUCUGCACAUGAAAGCACAAAAUUUCACAGAAGCUGCUUACACCCUUCUGUUGUAUGAUGAGUUACUAGAAUGGUCUGAUCGUCCACUUAGAGAGUUUCUCAGCUACCCAAUGCAGUCAGAAUGGCAGCGGAAAGAGUACCUUCAUAUGACCAUUAUCCAGAAUUUUGAUAGAGGGAAAUGUUGGGAGAAUGGAAUAAUACUCUGCAGGAAACUUGCUGAGCAGUAUGAAAACUACUAUGACUACAGGAAUCUCAGCAAAAUGAGGAUGAUGGAAGCAUCCCUGUAUGAUAAAAUAAUGGACCAACAGCGCUUGGAGCCAGAGUUUUUUCGUGUUGGAUUUUAUGGGAAGAAGUUCCCGUUUUUCUUGAGAAACAAAGAGUUUGUUUGUCGAGGCCAUGACUAUGAGAGACUGGAAGCUUUCCAGCAGCGCAUGCUGACAGAAUUCCCACAUGCCAUUGCAAUGCAACAUGCCAACCAGCCUGACGAAACUAUAUUCCAGGCAGAAGCUCAAUAUUUACAGAUCUAUGCAGUGACUCCAAUCCCUGAGAGCCAGGAGGUCCUGCAGAGAGAGGGUGUUCCGGACAACAUCAAAAGCUUCUACAAAGUGAAUCAUAUUUGGAGGUACCGCUAUGACAGACCUUUUCAUAAGGGUACUAAGGACAAGGAGAAUGAAUUCAAGAGUCUCUGGGUAGAAAGAACAGCUCUGACAUUAGUGCAGAGUUUGCCUGGUAUAUCACGAUGGUUUGAAGUUGAAAAACGUGAAGUGGUGGAGAUGAGCCCCCUGGAAAAUGCUAUUGAAGUCUUGGAAAAUAAAAACCAGCAACUGCGCACUUUGAUUAGUCAGUGUCAGACAAGACAGAUGCAAAACAUAAAUCCCCUGACAAUGUGUCUGAAUGGCGUCAUUGAUGCUGCAGUUAAUGGAGGUGUUUCCAGGUAUCAGGAGGCAUUCUUUGUGAAGGAAUACAUCUUUAACCACCCUGAGGAUGGAGAUAAGAUCUCACGCCUGAGAGAACUAAUGCUUGAACAGGCUCAGAUUUUGGAAUUUGGGUUAGCUGUGCAUGAGAAAUUUGUACCUCAAGAUAUGAGACCUUUGCACAAAAAGAUGGUGGACCAGUUCUUCGUGCUCAAAUCGAGUCUGGGAAUACAGGAUGUUUCCACGUGUGUACCGCCUAGUCCUGUUAAUUUCCACAAUGGAAGUCCUCGUAUACCCAGAAACUCAGCACCUGCUAUCAUGGGUCCAGAUGCUGCCCGGGUGAUACCUAGACGAAGUCCUUUGAGCUACCCAGCUGUAAAUAGAUACUCUUCAUCCUCCCUCUCCUCUCAAGCAUCGGCUGAAGUUAGUAAUUUGACAGGACAGUCAGAAAGUUCUGAUGAAGUAUUUCACAUGCAGCCAAGUCCUUCUACCUCAAGUCUGAGUUCAACACAUUCCGCUUCCCCAAAUGUGACAAGUUCUGCCCCAUCAAGUGCCAGGGCAUCUCCACUGUUAUCUGACAAACACAAGCAUUCCAGAGAGAAUUCCUGCCUGUCUCCAAGAGAGAGGCCCUGCAGUGCCAUAUUCCCAAUCCCAGCUGAACCACCGCAGAGAGUUUUUUUUAAUCACAUUGGUGAAAACACUUUGCCUCGGAGUGACCCAAAUCUUUCAGCUCCAGAUAAAGCAGUGAACACAACCCCGAGCAGUUGGAGCUUGGACAGUGGAAAAGAAGCCAAAAAUAUGUCAGAAGGUGGAAGGCUCAUAACUCCCCCUGUUCCACCCAGGCACGCUCAGGCUGCAUCUCCAGCUAGACAUGUGGCUGCAGUGUCUCCUUCCCUUAUGGGACGAUCUCCAAUGAAGGGCUCAAUGCAGUCAUUUACUCCAUCUCCUGUGGAUUGCCAUCCAUCAAGCCUGAUGUCUAAUUCCCCAGUGUUGUCAGGAAGCUGUAGUAGUGGCAUAUCUUCCCUAAGUCGGUGCAGCAUUUCAGAGAUGUCAGGUUUUGAGAGUCAAAUCUUUGAUCAAACAGUAUCCGUUUCUAGUUAUGGUAUAUCAGAGGAACCAACCAGGAAGGAAAGUAAAACUCCACCUCCUUACAGCGUGUAUGAGCGGACUUUAAGACGCCCUGUACCCAUACCUCAGUGUCUUUCAAUACCUGCCCCCAACGACCCUCCAGCUUUACCACCGAAACCAGGUCCAGUACGUCCAACAAGUCUAGAAAAUAGCAAAAGGACGGAUCCGCUACCACGCCCGAGACCUUUUCCGCGGAAAGUGUCUCAGUUGUAACUUGCUUUUAGAUUUCCAUGCUGUGUAUGAACAAUAUUAUUACUUUUUAGAACAGCUAACCCUUGUGGGUACUGUGAUGAAGUGACACUGCAGAAGGGGUCAGGGUCGGACUGGCCCACAAGGUUACAGGGGAAAACCCAGUGGGCCCCACUGCCUAUGGGUCUCACCCCCUCCUCUAAGGGUCAGGACCCAGACUGGCUGACCACACCCCUUAAGCAUGGGCCCCUAACACUGCAUUCCCCUAGUGGGUCCUUCAUGCCUCAGUCAGACACUGGAAGAGGUAUAUACACUUACUGAAAGUGUGGGCACUUUAAAUGUUUACUAUUCGAUUCCCUUAAUUAAGGAAGUGAAGCAUUUUGUUUUGUAUUAUUAUUUUGCACAUUAUUAUAAAAGUAUUAAUUCAGGAUUAACUUGACAAGGCACUUUGAUCACAUACAGAUGAAAAGCACAUGCAUUCUCUUAGAACAAAAUUAUGUUGUUUUUAAACUUAUUUUCGCUCUCUUUUCCUCACACACACACACACACUCUCUCUCUCUCUCGCGCACAAAACACACACACACACACACACACACACACACACAUUCUUUCUCUCUGUCACACACAUUCACACUCCUCUUUCUUUUUCUUCCUCGUUUUGUAUUUGCUAAGUAGAUUGUGUUUUUCUUUUCUUUUUAAAAAUACUUGAUUGUUUUUAACUACUAACCAUUAAACCAGCCAACAAUUCCAAAUGUGUUAUAUGUGCUACCUUCAAAUUUAGAUUGUAUUUGUCCCGGUUAGUAUAGUGCUUGAGUUUAUUUGAUAAAAAUAGUAUUCUUCAUUUUUCUAAAAUUAAUACGGGAUUUUAACUUAUGUACAAUGUAUACAAUAUUUUGCUCAAUUGCAGUAAUUUAUCUUCCUUAUUUUGUAUAUGCAGAGGAAUUGUUGCUUUUUGAACUUGGGGGGAGAAGGUGCCAGCAGAUUUGCAUGCAUUAAGAGGUGUUCCAUUGGUCAGAGCAGGAAAAACGGUUUGCUAUACAGUACAGUAUGUCUCUGUGCUGAAACCAUUGUGUGCUUACAGCCUCUCUUAUGGCUGAUAUUUUACAUGCAUUUGCUUUACUCCAGCAAACCAUCCAAUUUAUGAAAGGUGGUAAUUUGUUGUGUGCUUUAGUGGUUCAAUUAUGCAGAACUUUUUCUACUGUACUACAUUAUUUUGCUUGUUUUUAUUUGGUUUUAAGUAUGAAAUAGCCAAGUUCUUACAUAGAUCUAAAUCUGACCCAUUAUUGAGAACUAUCUUUUCACAAGAAAACUAUUUGUUCUUUAUAAUCUAAAGGUAUUCUCAGGCCUAACGCCUCUUGCUAGUUUGGAAAAUGAAUGGCUCGGUGAUCAAGAAUCCAUCCACAUUAAAGGAUGGAUUUUUUUUUUGUAUCUGAAUAUAAACUUCAGUUGUACAGACCUAUAGUCCUUUCUGUUCUAUAAUAUAUGAGCCACUCAUGAUGUACUGAAGCAAAUUGGUGGAAUGUUUAAUUAAAACCUAGAUUUGUAAGUAGACAAAAUGAGGCUCAUCAGAAACGUGCAUACUGACAAGUGAAUGCUCCUUUCCAUAGUCAUCUGCCACUGCCAAUACAUUUAUGGUGCAGUAAUACAUCACCACAGCAUAAAUCUGUCACCUAAUGCUUAUUUCACCCUAUUUAUUGCUACAGAUUCAUUUAUGACAAUAAGAGCACACUGAGCUUUAUUUUGUGUUGGGCAUAUACAAACUGUGUGCAAAGAAAUGCAUUGAUAUAUCAAGUAUUUUUAGUGCUGUAUUUUCCAUACCCAUAUUUACGUCUUUAAAGUCUUCACACAUUUCUUCAAAUUUCCGAGUUCUCCAAACUUAUCAGUUUCUAUAAAUAAAUCUCUUAUUUCCGUUUUUGCAGAUUUGAUAACUUGAUAUCUAUGUUGUACUGGACCUGUAGCAGUAAGGAAUAGUGGUCUUGCCACUCAGGCACAUUACUCAGUGGCCCUCCUUUUAAUACACAAAUGCACGCCUUCAUUUACCCAUUUUUAGAAAUCCUGUUUUGCAUUGUCAUAUGGAUGUAAUGCACAUGCAGGUUGGACUUUUUUCAAUCCAGCAUUUGUGUUUGCUUCUUUUUUUUCUCUCCCUUGUUGCUUCAUCCAUUAUUUCUUUCAGGGUUUUGUUGUUGGAAGAUUAAUGUAUCUGUCUGUGUACCUUCCUACCUAAUUAACUCUAAGUCAAAUCCAUUGUUAAAAGUGCCUUGCAUUCAACCACAAUUUGCAACAUUGCUAGACAUUUUUUUUCAUUAUUAUUGUUUUCUAGAAAAACAAUAUGAGAUGUAGUCACGAUCCCGGCGGUCAGCAUACAGACGCCGGGAUCCCGGCCGCUAGAAUGCCUGCAGGGGGGCCAAGGUCCAUUUCCCACUCGUGGGUGACCAUUACAGCCAUAGAAUGGGAAUAGAACCUGGGGCGAGUGCAGUGAGCCACCGAGCCCAAAGGGUGGCGAGCGCAGUGAGCCCGCAAUGGGCUUCACUGCGCUCGCCAUUCUGCCAGCCGGGAUCCCCGGUGUCGGCAUGCUGACAGCCGGGAUCCCGGCCGCAACCCCAGGAUAUGGCAGGUUCAGGAUUCUGGAAAACCCUCAUUCGAUGUAUUUCGUUAUGCGCUUCUCCCAGCAAUAGAAGUAACUGCUCAUAGAUUUCACCACGUAGAUUUGACUAAUUUUAUUUUACAGUAUUUCCCUUUAGACUAAACCAUCUGGAUGCCAUUUUCAAAUGCUGAUGUAAUUACAUGCACAUUGAUAGGAACCGUACCACUUCAUCCACAGCAUAAUAUAUAGGGGUAUAUGCAAUAGCGGGCGAAUCGCGGCAUUAGAUCCGCCUCUGUAUGAUUCGCCCGCUAUCGCCAGCCGCAGCCCUGUCGCCGGGACCCUGGUUUCACUAUAUUCAAUGUAAAACAGAUUCGCCCCUCCCGCAGGCGGAUUCCGGCCAAUCGGCGAGCAGUGGGCGUGCUGAAUUCGCCUUCCUGCCCAAUUGCUGGAACGGUAAAAUCUGUGAAAAAAAUGGCGUGGGGUCCCCCCUCCA